CUUGCCGAAUUUGCUAAAAAGCAGCCAUGGUGGCGCAAGAUGUUUGGGCAGGAAUCUGGGCCCUCCGCUGAAAAAUACAGGGUGGCGACCCAGCUGUUAAUUGGAGGCGUUACUGGCUGGUGCACCGGUUUCAUAUUCCAGAAAGUUGGAAAGUUGGCUGCAACAGCUGUGGGAGGUGGAUUUUUUUUCCUUCAGCUUGCAAACCAUACUGGGUACAUCAAGGUUGACUGGCAGCGAGUGGAGAAGGACAUGAAGAAAGCCAAGGAGCAGCUGAAGAUUCGUAAGAGCAACCAGAUACCCGGCGAGGUCAAAAGCAAAGCAGAGGAGGUAGUGUCAUUUGUAAAGAAGAACAUCCUAGUGACUGGUGGAUUUUUCGGAGGCUUUCUGCUUGGCAUGGCAUCCUAAAGAGGACAACUGCACUUUGAUUAUUGCUGUGUUUUCCAGCCAGCAGCCUCUACACUCCGACAAAGCCAUCUCCUGCUUCUCUUCCUCUGUGACUUCCUCCCUUCCGUGGCGUAUCUGAAUGGCUUCCAUGGGCAUCUGUCAGCUCGAGUUGUUACGGCCCUACUGUGAGCCCGAUGACAAUGGAAGAGACCUUUUUACGUAGAAGAGAUCUUUUAACGUAGACCUUAGCUCUUCCCCACAUUCUCCCCACUUGACUAAUCUGUAGGUCAGCAAAAAUGUUCCUUUCCCUCCUCCUGUAAAAGACUCUUAACAGCAUGAUACCAGCUGGCUCGGCUUGGGGGAAUCCUCAGAGGUUGUCCCAGACUUGAUUCGGAAAGAAGUCAUAGGCGUAGAGAUACCUUAUGUGUUGCAUGGAAAGGAACUGAAUACAUUUGCCUUUAAGCAU